GCAACAGCAAUACUGACCACAAAACGUAGGGUUUAAUUUACGAGGCUCAAUUUAAUAUUUGGGUAUUGAUAUGGCAAGCACUUACUCAAUAGCCCAGAGUUUUUUAUUAGCUGUCUGCAUAUAUGUUCUUUACAAAAUUGUGAAAUACUUCACCAGUGAAACAAAUGAAAUACAAGCAAGAUCUCGUUCAAACAAACGUCGCCUUGGAGUUUCUGAAGAGUGUAUGGAUAUUCUUUCUACGGAGAAACCUGGUGCAUCGAAUAUAUGCUUAGCGAUAUCAAUAAAGUCAGAAGAGUGCUUAGUUCGACAGCAUGUUUGCGACGCUUUGAUACUCUUGGCCAAACGUCAGCCAAUGCUUCGAGCAGUCAUAACAACAGUCACGAGUGGGGAUAAAUAUUUCGAAAUCAAGGAUAUCAAUGAAGUCAUUACAAUGUUAGAUAUUACAACUUCUGAUGUCAAGGCUUCAGACUGGCAAGAUGUCUGGUUUGAAUACACAGCAAGACAGAGCGGAAAUGGUCUGUUAUGGCGAGUUGUAAUAUUAAAAGAAGAGUUUAUAUUCGACACUCGGGAAUAUAUGAAUACGUUAAUGUUUAACUUUGAACACUCUUGUACUGAUGGCGUGUCUUCAAUAAAGUUUUGCAAACAGUUUCUCCACAAUAUGAACGAACUCGCGAACGGUACCAGCGGUGUUGAUCAGGAAAUCUCAAGAAGCAAAUCGUUGGAAUUGUUGCCAGAAGUCCAUGAGAUUGUCACACGCGGUCGAAUUUGGCAUGCAUUGUACAAUCUGUUGUUAACUUAUUGCUGCCUAAGACCGAUAUUAAGAUUUUGUAUGAAGAAAAUUUUGCCUCAAAUAAUGGAAAAGAAACCGAAUAAUCCGUAUCACGAACAAUUCCCACCAGAUCAAAAAUCCAUUAACACGCGUGCUCCAUGUCGCUUGAAUGUAAAGGUAUUCAGUGAGAAGGAAACCAGUGAUAUUAUUCAAACAUGCAGGGCAAAUAAUUGCACAGUAACUGCAGCUGUCAUAACAGCGGCACAUUUGGCAUUCUGCAAACUUUUGGAUAGUGAAAAAUCAAAAGAUUCGAAAAUAGACUAUCUAUUCGCUAUCGAUGGUCAGCGCUUUUGUGAUCCCAAACCAAACAAAGAUUAUCUGGGACAUUUUGUGUAUAUUCAACAAAAUUGUCACAUGAAGUACACCGCAGGCGAUUGUUCUGACUUUUGGAAACUCGCCAAAGAUACUACCGAGGAAAUUAAAACUUGUGUCAAGGGAAGGGGAUGUGUAGCAGAACUGACUGUAAUAAGUGGAUUAAUGAAAACAAUCGAAUUGAUGAAAUUAUUUUUCAAUGACAAACUAUUUCCUAAAUCCAGCUGCAAUUUCAUCUCAAGUUUCGGGUCUUUUAACCUGGAAAAUGACGGAAAUUAUAAACUCAACGCAUGUUUCAUAAAUAAUCUUGUGCAUGGUUCAAAUUGCACAUUUUCUCAUUUCAUUCAUACAAUUAACGGGAAAAUGACCUGGCAAAUUGCAAGUAAUCUUACAGUUUACAGUGAACACGCAGAUGCGUUUGCAAAUCGUUGUUACGAUAAACUUAUCGAAGUGUCGCGUAGUUGAGAUUCAAUGCGUUCGGAAAAUACGAGUUAACACAUCAAUUUACUUUCGUCAAAAGCUGCUGUAGUCAAAAUGAUAUUGCUAUGUUUACACUAUGAGAGUUUAAACAGAAUUUUUGUUCUCUGAACGCAGGGAUUAGUCUUCAUUGCCUUGGAAUGGUAGAGUUGUUUAUUGCAAUGAGCGUGUAUCGAAUAUGCCAUAUGCCAUGCCAUCAUAUUAUAGUCUUACAAAUACAAUUUCAGAACAGCUAGCAUGCAUGCAUGCAUGAAAGCUGUAUCUCUCCUUUUAAUUCCUUUGUAAAAAGUUGCGUACAAUUACAUGGCUGCACUUUAACUUAAAAUUAAACCAUUCAUCGAAUUAUCAGCAUGUAUUGUGAAGAAGGGAUUGUGUGUACGUUGCUGAAGCUUUUCUUGUCAA